GCCCAUCACGACCAGAGUCGGAUCGUGGAGUCGCUGAAGCGCACAUUUACCGCACAAAUUAGUAGCAGCCUGUUAGCACAUUACAAUAGCACGCUGAAUCUGCUGAAUACUGUGGAAUUUGUCUGAAAGAAAACUGCCACCGGCCAUCCGGACUGUGUGCUGCAACGAAAGUGAGCCAAGUGAAUUUUCAUACUCCUUCCCAUUGAGCUUGAGAGAGACAGGAAGGAGAGAGACCGGAAAGGAAGUUACAGGCUUGGCGCCGGGCGAAUCCUUGUUCAGAUUUGUUACUGGCACCGAUAGGCAAAGGGCCAACAAGUACCCUUCCAGUUGAUCACUUGAUCACAGCGUCGCGUCGGCAAAUUUUAAGUCACAAUGCGCGUGGAAAUGAAUCUGGAUGUUCAGCGAUGUGACGAAGACGACGACAUCGACAGCAGAAUAGCGGAGUUUAAGCAAGACUCGGACAAAAUGCACGAUCUGAAUCUAUUCGUCGACAGCGUGCUAAAUGAGGCCCAAAAGAAUGCGGAAGUGAAGCUGCAGGAAAAGCUCGAGCACGAUCGACCGAAAAACGGAAACAAAUUACUCACCGGCAUCAAGCAGCACCGGGUAGUUACGCGCACCAGAGGGAUCGUGCUUCGACUGUUCGAAGCUAUCUGCAACUGCACCAAUUCCGCCACCAUCCCCGGUCAGCGUCCGGCGACUGCACCAGCAAACUUGGCAUCAUCAUCCAGGAACUAAUACCGAUCGGAGAGCGAUCAGGAAAACAGUGUAAUUGUACUGAGAUGUAUUGCUGUUAGUUUGUAUUAUUUUAUGCUUCAUUUUCUACACUGAAAACUAUACGUAUACAAUUUGAAUCUGAAGAUUGGUAAACAUUUUGUGUCAACAGUGGAGUGACUGUUAAAUAUUCUAAUCAACAAAAUAAUUCGUGUAUAGGACAUGAAACAAAACAAGCAUACCAUUUACAAUUGCCAUAUCCUUUUUGAUAUGGGUUGAUGUGUUGCAAUGAGAACCAUACGGAUUUGUGAUGCGUACCGGCAUACAUGAACUGCACAGCCCACCGCCCACCUUAGCCAGACAAAUCCCAAAAUCACCGACGAUAAACUCUGGCCUUUUGAAACGCACAAAUCUAUCACAAAUUAUCUCCGGAUCAACGGUUUCACGUACAAAGCGUCUUCUACGAAGCAGGCUCACCCAAUGGUCUUAAAAUAUUGCCCAUAACCACAAAGUCGUCUAAUUACUUGUCCCAUUCGAAGAUGCGACAUUAAGUCCUCUGUCGUUGAGUGAUCCCGAGAUUUAGAGCAAUCUCCCGGGAUACAUAUUUUUGUAAAAAAAAACGCAACAUACAAUUAAAACGGGGUUUUACUUUCGCUGGACUUGUUUGGUCAUAAUGGGUAUGACAAUCAAAAUUAUGAGCAAUACUUUUCACACUCUACCGGUCCUGUCCACACCCAGAGCAGAGAGUCAACCGGCCCAGGAUCCUGAACCUGUAAAACAAAUCUCACCUAUUUUACCCUCAUACUCUGCAUACUAACUUUAUUCACAGACUUUGAGGUCUUAGUAGAUAAACAUUCGGUUUAGUAGGACACCUUUCUGCAC